CCAAAAUUUUCGUCUGCCGGGCCGAUUCAACUCUGGAAACCUCAUUCGUGCUUCGUCUAUUGUACAGUGAACACGUACUUUUUCACAAUUAGUGAGAGGUUAGUUAUUAAUUGUCUUGUGCAUCCUCUAAAUCUUCCCCAAAUAUUAUGAACAGACAAUAUUUGUCAAAAAGUUAUAAAAACGGGGGUGUUUGAGGGUCUCACCGUGUUGCUAGCGCGGCAUGAAUACCAAUGGUGCUCAAAUGCCAGUAAGAGAAGUUAAAGAAGAAAGGCACGACGAAGCAGAAAUCGCAGAACUUGCCAAAAAGAUAAGAGCCGCUAAUAAAGCGAAACUUGCCCAAGCAUCACUUUUACCACACCAGAUCACAGGACCGUUGAAUAUGGCGCGCCCCGGUCAGCCGACCAUUCAGCAGUUCUUCAAUGGAAACAAGGAGACAGCAACAAAUGGAACAACAAAGAUAGCAGAUAAUACUGAAAAACAUGUUGACGAAGAAUCUAAAAAGGGCCGUUUUGGUUGGUUCGACAUUGAAAAGCAGUUUCUACCUUAUAUUUUUAGGUAUGCUACAGAGAAGUUCACAAGCGUUAGAAUGGUAGAACGAAAACUCCUGAAUAGAUAUCUCCAGGUUCUUCCACAGGAGGUGAACUCCUGCACCAGUAUUAGGAGUUAUUAUCUGACAGAUAACGAGAGCAAACUACUUAACGAGAUAAAUCUUAAGCACACAGACUGUACCUUCGGGAAGGAGGCAUUUACUAGCAAAGAUCUUGUUGUUCGAUUAAAGGACGCGAAGGAGUUUUAUAAAUUUUUGGAUCUUUGUCACAAGAAACUAGUUCAGAAGAAGAGUAACGCUAGUGACCGUUGCGGAUUUUUCCGAAUCAACGGAGAGUCUGUGGUUCCUUACACUGUCAAGAACGGAACCAAAUAUGUGCCACUUUUUUACUUUGAAGGGGAGACAGACCAUUUGAAGCUCAAGAGCGAGGAAGUAGAGGGCUGGGACUUGGCUUACUUAAAGUUUUGUUGCAAGGUUCAGGGUAUCAGAUCAGAACUCUUCAACAACGAUAUCUGCAAGGUGGUGGCACUUGAUGAAAUCAAAGGUCAUUUCCCUCAGGGAACCACCUUUGAGGACUACUGGCCGGCCAAGGGAAGUAUAGAACCUGUUUCAUCUCGUAGUGGAGUAAGUGGAGGAAACUGGACCCAGAAACCACCUGGACAGCCCGUUUCUAAACCUUUAACUCCAGCAGUGCAAAUGCAACCCAACGGAAUCUCAAGUCUAGGACAGCUUAACGCCAGUGCACUCAACGCUGCAUAUAGACUUCCCGGUGUCGGUGUUGGACAGCUUACAGCUUCACAGUUACAGCAGCUACAGCAGCUCCAAAUACAGGGACUAGCUUCACAAGGAACAAUGUCAAACCAACAGCUGCAACAGUUCCUUAGAUCCGGUAUAAUUAACAACCAAGCAACAACACAGCAACAGCAACAGGGACAGAUAAACAGAACACAACAGCAGUUAAACUUUCCACAGGGUGGCCUACGGGGUUCAGUAGAUAUGGCAACUCUUGCUAGACAACAGCAACAAGCCCAAUCUCAGGCCAAAGGAAACAAAACCUUUCCAGGUAAACUCACUCAAAUCAAGGAGUUUCCGAUGGAACGCUCAAAUCAACCUCCGUACAAGCUUCAGAAGGCGCUGAUUGAUCAGAAGAUUGUUCCCUGCAUCAAUGUUCGUCCCUACGUGUUCCAUGAUCUCAUGAUGACCCUACCUGACUUCGUGAAGAACUUCUUCCCUGACCUACCCUUGGAGAAGUGUCGUGACAUGCUCCAGGAGAUCUUGAAAGUCGUCCUCUACAAAGGAAAUACAGGCCAUCAAGAGAUCUUGAGACAGGAGGGGAAAUGUCAGGUGUACGACCCUGUGCCUCUUGUUCUAGUAAAGGAUAUAAUGACCUACAUGCCGCAGAUCAAGUAUAUGUUUGCCAGCAUGAUCACCGAGCCCAACGCAAAGCGUCAGCGCGUUAACUAGCAGUGGGACACGGCGCCAGGAUCAGGAUUGCUGGGGCUAGAAACUACAGGACUGUUGGGACAUCUUCCGUCCUCAGUGGGACAGCAGAAUCCUUUUGUUCAAAACCAAUGGGAUUCAGAUUUUAAGUUCUUUUCCGAGACCUUGUCCCAGUUGGCAGCAAACUCGAGGGACAACGUAUCCCAGCUCUCUGUUGUGUCCCCGUUUAGUGGAUUUUCCGCCACACCUAGUCCUUCCCUGGGCCCCACCCCCAGUCCUUCCUGUCCAGGCUCCAGUCCAGGUCCAGACCUGGACCCUUAUCAGUAUUGGUCCUUGAUGGGACUUGAUUCUACUAAAAGUUGAAGUCCUCGUGAACCCACAAACCAAACCCAGACAAUACACAAAGAAAAUUUGAAAAUGUGUUUAAGAACUACAAAAAUAUUGAUGCAAGGCUACGUGUACUCUGUACUCGUGCUGUAGGAGUUGAGAAGAGGGAUAUUGUAAAGGAGAAUGCAUUCUUGUCACGUUAAUUAAUUAAUUUAAUACUAGCGAUUAUUCAUUAUUAGUAAUAAAAUUAUAAAAAUAUUUA